ACGCUGUCGUCACCACAAACUGUCCAAUCAACACACGACUGAGACGGAAGUGGCAGAUUUGAAAACUGGCAGUUGAAGGCUUGAAGGCGAGCCUCUUUCCUGCUCCAUCAGAUAACUAACUCAGUGCAACGGGAUUCAUAUCAGCAUAAACACGAUGGAAGAAGAGGAGCAUACAGACAGGAAGCAGAGGCUUGCCAUGCUUUGUCAAAAUAUCAACAAAUUUAUGAAGUGUCUCAAUGAAGAUGACACAGGAAAUCUUAAUCGGGUUAUUGGCUCAAACUCACCUGAGUCGUGCCUCUCAUAUUUGACGGACCUGGAGAGGAAAGGGGACCCUCACCUGGAUCGUAACCACCUCACCAGACUUAUUGACUUUUAUACCAGAGUAUUCUCCAAUAUGCCACUAGGAAAACAUUGUCAGAAUGAGAGCUAUGCCAGGUUGUUGGUCAGAUUUGCAGAGCUAAAAGCAAUUCAAGAUGUCAAUGAGGCAGAAGCCAACUUCAACGUGGCAAGAUCUCACAGCCCGGACUUUGCAUUUGUUCACAUUGCACAUGCAGAGUUUGAACAUUCUCAAUGCAACACAAAGAGAGGCAUUUACAUAUUGCAAAAUGCUAUUGAACUGGGUGCCAAACCAAAGGAGCUGCUGGAGGCUGCCUUGCAAAGAAUGCAGACAGGGAAAACCCAACUCUUCUGUUCAGAAGAUAAGGAAAAUGUACCACUAUUGUCAAACAGUUAUGUGCACAGUUCUGUCAAAAAAGGCUCUGCAUCACAAAAAGUAUGCAGAACAUCAGACGGCACAGGCGACUUGCAGCUCUCCAGUAUUUUUGGUUCAGGGACAGAGGCUCUCGGUGGAUCAUCAGAUGACCAGCUAUCAGGCUGGAGAUCUCAUAGCAAGAGAGCAGUUGGCAUGCCAGGGAGAGUUCCCGUAGUACCUUUCUCUAUCCCAGAAAAGGAUGUUGAUGAUGAGGACUACAAUAAUGGGAGGCCCUCAAAGAGAAAUGAUUCAUCACUCCACACCAGUUUCUCCAGGCAAACAUCUGGUUCAAAUGUGAACCCACUGUUUGGGCUGUCAUCCUCAAAGAAAAAUCCUGCCGAUAGAGAUAGUUUAUAUUCUCAACCACCAGCUGUCAGCCCAGAGCAUUGUCCUUGGGAGGACCAGGCAGCUGUGGACUCCACCACCACACUCCUUCACACUCAUGACACGAGGGACGCCUCCAGAAUGGAAGAUGUAACGUACAGCUUCGACCAGGUCGUCAAAACAAAUUCCCCCGAGUCGUGUUUGACAUACCUGAUGGACCUGGAGAAAAGAGGCAACCCUCACACAGACAUCAACCUCCUCAAUAAGCUCAAGGACUGUUAUUCUAAAAUCUUCUCCAGGCUGCCAAUAAGACAGUUCAGCAAAAACGCCAGCUAUGCCAGAAUACUGGUCAGAUAUGCAGAACUCAAGGGGAUCGAAGACUCCGAUGAAGCCAAGGACCACUUCAUAGUUGCAAGAUCCAACUGUAAAGGCUUUGCCUUUGUCCACAUAGCACAUGCCCAGUUUGAGGUUUCUCAAGGUAAUGUGAUGAAAGCGACUUCAAUUCUGCACAAAGCCCAGGCAUUACAUGCCAGGCCAGCAGAGCUCCUGGAGUUGGCCAUACGUAACCUGAAAGCUGGGGAGAAACAGCUGGUGCCCACCAGGGAGGAGGAACAGCCCUCAGAUUUGCCAACAGGUAUUCCAGAAAGUCUGCCUACUUGUGGGAGAAACCAGGAACUUCAGCUUCCUGCUCGGGUCCUUGUGAGGCGGUCAGUGGAACAGCCUAAACCUGCCAACAAGGAGCCCAUAUCAGAGUGGAAGAUGCCAACUUUCUUCAACCGGCAUGUUUCUCCAGAGGAUAAACGCACAACACCCCCAGACCCCAGACCUGUUCCUCGUCUGUUUGAAUCACUCCCCACUCCAUCCGUCCAUCUUCCGUCCAGACUGAACCCACAAACAGUCUGUCAGACACCAGACGGCUACAGGAACCCCUGUGCUAACAGCUUUAUGACUCCUGUUGUAAAGAGAGUUCCUGAAGUGUCUUCGUCUGCAGUGGCAGCACACAGAGCUGGACCUGUUCAGCAGCCAUUCACACCAAUAAACAAAGCUCCAUGUUUCCAAACUCCACAGGCUUCUUUUACUGCAUUAUCCAAUGAAACCAUUACCAUAAAGGGCAAGCAGUUCUUCAUACUCAAGAUGAUUGGACGUGGUGGAUCCAGCAAGGUCUACCAGGUCCUUGAUCACAAGAAGCAGCUGUUUGCUGUGAAAUACGUCGACCUUGAGGAGGCCGAUGCUCAGACAAUAGAAAGCUACAAAAAUGAGAUUGAACAUCUGAACCACUUGCAGCAGUACAGCGAUCAAAUUAUCAAGCUCUAUGACUAUGAAAUAACCAACAGCUACAUCUACAUGCGGAUGGAGUGUGGAAACUUGGAUCUGAACACUUGGUUACGAAACCGCAAAACUGUGAAUCCGCUGGAGAGGAAGUUCUACUGGAAGAACAUGCUGGAGGCCGUCCAUACCAUCCACAAACAUGGAAUUGUCCACAGUGACUUGAAGCCAGCUAAUUUUGUCAUCGUGAAUGCUUCACUGAAGUUGAUUGACUUUGGCAUCGCAAACCGAAUCCAACCAGAUGUAACGAGCAUUAUGAAGGAUUCACAGGUUGGAACCUUGAACUAUAUGCCCCCUGAAGCCAUCAAAGACACUUCAUCCAAGGCAGGAAAAGCACGCUCAAAGAUCAGUCCCAAAGGUGACGUGUGGUCCCUUGGAUGUAUCAUGUACUGCAUGACUUAUGGGAAAACUCCAUUCAACAGUAUCACUAAUCAGAUCGCCAAGCUGCACGCCAUCAUCGAUCCUUCACAUCAGAUUGAGUUUCCUGACAUAUCGGAGAAGGACUUGCUGGAUGUGUUGAAGAGGUGCUUGGUACGAAACCCCAGAGAGCGAAUCUCUAUUGCAGAGCUGCUGGAGCAUCCUUACCUGCAGCUGAAGUCACAAGCAUCAUCUGGACCAGAAUGUCCCACUAACAGUGAUCUGCAGAAGAUACUAACGGACCUCGCAGCCCUCCAGUCUCCAAACAGCAUCAUCCGAGCUGCUAAUAAUCUGGCCAGAAUGUGCAGCAGUGGCAGGAAGUUGGACGUUGCAGAGUGUGCAAAGCCAUCAACCUAAUUAUCCAAGAAAAUGUGAUGUGGAUAUUUCUGUUUCUUUUCUUUUUUUACCCCUCUUAACCACUUCAGUACAGUAACAGUACCUUCUGUAAGAUGUAGAACUAACAAAUCUAUAUUUGUAUGUUUGUGCCUUUGACACAAAAUCAUUAUAUUGCUUCACCAUUUACUUUUGUCAUCCGAUAAUAAAUUUAAGCAUACAACAUAGUCAAAUAAAAGUACUGUAUCCUUAGGAGUUGUUUCUUUUAUUUGUCUCCACUGAUACAAAGGAUGCGUAACUGACAAGGUGUGCAAUUUGAAUGUGUUACAACAUAUUUCACCACAAAACUGCACAGUUAAUGUUAUAAUUUCAUAGUCAAGGUCAUUCUUAACAGGACUCCAUUGAAACUGCCAGCAAACCUCUGAAGGAAAAUGUUUUAUGUUUUAAUGAUUUUAUUUUGCCUUUGGAGCUUAUUUUCCUUUAAUUUUCUCAAAAAAAAAUUGGUGAAAUCCAACAUGGUCAAUCUUCUAGCAUCAACAUAGAGGUAAACACUGUUGGAUGAUGUGCUUCUAUUCCGUUAUGUGUACAAAAUAAUCCCCCCCAAAAAAAUACUCUGUAUAACAUUAAAUAAUUACACUAAA